AUGGCCGGACAACAGCCCACCCAAAAGCAGGAGGAAGAGCCGCAUACCUACAAGGAGCAGCUUGACCGGGUUGCUGAAGAGAAGCGCAAGGCACAGCACCCGCAACAACCCAAUCCGAUUGUUGAGAAGAGCAAGUCAUCCCUGUCCUUCCCUGCAAAAUACAUCCUUGGCAACUCGAAGCAAGAACCGGCGACCACAAAGUCGGAGGACAUCCGUGGUCCACCAGAACGGCCUCAUCAUGACCAUAAGAUCGAAGACUUUGUGAGGGAUCAACAUAGGAGCAAGACCGACAGCGGAAAGAUCAAGGCAGAUGCGAAUGCCUAA